AUGUCUUUCAAUCCCCCCCCUCAUGAUGGCCUCCCAUCUUCGACAAAUAACGUACCCCCUGGAGCCUCGAAUCCGCAGUCGACCGCUAGUAACUCUUUUGGACCAUCUGCUAGUCUCCAGUCUGCUCAUUCUAGCGUGCUUCUCAACACUCCGGAGCGAGAGUUCGAUAUCCUGACAGACGGUAUGCGCCGACGUUUGGAAGAAGCCAUCGAACGACAAGCUCGCACAGAUGAAGAUCUCGAGAACAUGGGCAUUGACCCCCAAGAGUACGAUGAAGACGAGAUCAUGAACGGUGUUCCCGAUGUCACAGUCGAGGAGUAUGAAGACCUUUCAGGUCCGAAUAAGAGGCUCAAAUUCUCUCGUGCUUUUAUUCAUGGUUUCUUCGACGGUGUUGAUCCCUACGAAGCCGAUAAAAAGCCAGACGAGAUAAAUGAGCUUACUCUUAGCCUCAAGCAUGCUAGUCUAGAUCUCAUUACUGCUAUUUGCUCCAACCUGGAGUUGGCCAUUGAGAUUGGCAAACACCUCCGACCCCAAGACAUCGUCAAUCUCUACAUCGCUAGUCGUUCAUUCCGCAAGGCGAUCAAUGGACAUAUGCUAUCAUGUAUCCGAAUGUGGAUUGACACUAAAGCACCAGAGGCUGGAAAAGUCUUCCACUGGAAGCUUUAUGGCAGAAUGUUGAUCAGAGACCCAGUCGAGCGCAAGUCUGAGGUAGAUGACGCACGAUUUCUCGAGAACCGUUGGAGAACCGCAAGAACAAACCCCAAGAACAUCCGUCUUAUUCCUGGUUUCAAGUAUCUCAAGAUGGUCAUGUCUCGUGAUCGAUGUUGUCGAGAGAUCCUCGCCAUGAUGGCCCGCAUGGGCUUUCUCAUGCCAAAGUCUAUGUAUAGCACCUUGUUGCGACUUUGGGUGCUCAUGGAGAUUUCCACUACUCGUCAGAGGCAACUUUUUCUCAGAAAUGAGAAGUACUGGACAGAUCAGCACAUCUACAACGUGCAAUUCUUUCUCGUCAAACUCACCAUGGCGUUCACACAUCCCUUCUUUCAUCCUGUUACCACCGACAUGGUCGAGCUCAUGAUGGGACAGAGGGGCUUACAUCCACUAUGGCAGUUGCUUAUGCGGCAGAGGUACACCAACCUCCCGGAGCUCAUGGAGCUCAAGACACGCUAUGACAUGCGCUUCCCUCGAGACGUUUGGGCCGAUAUCCAACUGCACAAUCAUCCAACGGCAUACAAUGUCCCUCUCAACAUGGUCGGCCUCGGUCAUAUGGAAGGUUGGGGCAAAGGACUCCGUCAUCUUGCACGCCCGGAUGAGCUUCUUCCUAUCGAAUCAGUCUACCGUGGACUCUAUCUCGACGAACACAUUUCUCAGAUGGCGAUCUGGGGCUACAUCGAUUUUGAGACAGGAGAAAACCUUGUUCCUACAGAGGACGAAAUGUACAUCUCAGACGAAGAAGAGAAGUUGGGCAGUGUUGAUACCUCUUAUCUUUGGCAACGGAAGCACGCUUUGAAGAAGCGUUGGGACAAGCUCACGCCUGAGAUGCAAGAGGAGAUUAAAGAAGACGACAAUGAUGAGCGGUUGCGAGCCAUGGCAUGGUCCUCGUUCGACCAGUACAACCAACGAGGAGAAUGGGAGAGCGAGUCAGAAUCCCAAUCUGGCCCUGAAGACGAGUACGACAUGAACGCCGAGAUUGAGCGUGGCUAUCGUUUGCCCUCUCUAUUUGGGAAGCACCCCAAGAAGAAGGACAAAGUCAGUGAAACCGAAAUGGAGAACCCUCUAUUCACUUUUGGGGAGGAUCCUACGACCUGGAAUAUUGCUUUCAGUGAACUUCACAUCAACUCAAACCCCCAAGUGACCUAUGAGCAGUUCCAGGAGGCCAGGGGGUGGCAGAGGUAUAUGGAUGCUGGAAAUACUGGUGAUCAUCCAGCUGGUCCUCCCACUAACACCCAGACCAUGUUUGCACAGAAUCAGCUUGCUAUUCUCGUCGAUCAGGAAGUUGGUGACGAAGCAGACGACGAGGAUGAGAGUGAUUACGACGAGGAAGAAGAGUACUUUGAAGGCGGAGAAGAUGAGGAUAAUUUCGACAGCAUUGGCCAAUGA